AUGUCGGAUAAUAUCUCCUAUUCGAUCACCAAUGCACUGAGGUCCACUCAGCUACCACCAGCUCCCACUACUAGCCCCCCAGAAAGUAAACCGGUGGUCUCUAGUGGGCGUAACGCCGCAAAAAAGUCUCGCUAUUUGGACGAGGAUGCCUCCAAAACAUUACAGACUGACAGGGUACGUCCUAUCACAGAUCAUGUGGUUGCACGACACCUAAGAGCCCCACACCGGGCAAAAUCGGUGAGGAACUGGAAGAGGGCAAAAGCCCUGAUUGAAUCCUCUGAAUCAAAGCAAGAGGAGGCACAGAGCGAGUCCAAUGAUUCCAGCAUUUAUUUUCUGGAGCACAGCUCCAUGACAGUAGCGGGAGCAGACCACAAAGAUGGAGUUCACAACUCAGGGCGAACCGCUUUUUGA